AUGUCAUUUAACUUUGGAGGUGCAAACAACACAGCAAACUCAGGUAAUAACAGUUCCCCUUUCAACUUUGGGUCAAGCAACAAUGCAAACAGCACGAAUCCUUCUUCAACACCUAAAUUUGGUGGGUUUGGAAAUGCAAAUGCUACUAACAACCCAGUAAACCCAGCGUCAGGCUUUAAUUUUGGUUCCGCCUCUUCAACUUCCGGUUCCUCAGCAGCUCCAACAUCCUUCUCGUUUGGGAAGACGCAAUCUGGUGCCUCAACAACUACACCUUCGUUUGGAAGUUUUGGUAGCUUGGGCUCAACCACACAAGGUAAACAAGGAACGCAAGUUGGGUCUGCGAAUGUUUCAGGUGAUUCAAAACCUGCAUUCUCAUUUGGGUCUAGUAACAACACAUUACCUUUAAAUACGACUUCCUCAACAAAUAAAUCGACACUAUUUGGUGGAACAGCAUCAAAUACAGGAAUAGCUGAAAACAAACCUAGUUUUUCCUUGGGAACGAACCCAGCGUCUUCCACUUCAUCCUCAGCAGCAAAUCCAACAACGGCUGCGUCAUCAGGAUUUUCAUUUGGAACAGGCAGUACCAAGCCAUCAGAAACCAAUAAACCAGUAGGGGGAUUAUUUGGAGGUGCGUCGGCUACGUCAUCUACGGCACAACCGUCCAGUGGAUCAACUGUGCCGUCUUUUAAUUUAGCAGCAGCAGCUAAGCCUUCUGAAACGACUUCAUUAACUAAUGAUUCUAAAGCAUCUACAGGGGGAUUUUCAUUUGGAGGCAAGCCUACAGACCCAUCUGGAUCUAAAGCAUUUUCAUUUGGUUCUACGUCAACACCAACAUCAAAUUCAGUAAGUACAGAACCUAAACCAGCUAUUGGUGGAUUUUCAUUUGGUGCAAAGCCAGCGGAAAAGAAGGACGAAGCUAAACCAGCUAGUGGUGGAUUUUCAUUUGGUGCAAAGCCAGCGGAGAAGAAGGACGAAGCCAAACCAGCUAGCGGUGGAUUUUCAUUUGGUGCAAAGCCAGCGGAGAAGAAGGACGAAGCCAAACCAGCUAGCGGUGGAUUUUCAUUUGGUGCAAAGCCAGCGGAGAAGAAGGAUGAAGCCAAACCAGCUAGCGGUGGAUUUUCAUUUGGUGCAAAGCCAGCGGAGAAGAAGGACGAAACUAAAUUAACGGACGUGACUAAAAGCAACGAAAAGAAAGUUACGUUUGAAACAUCAACCACCGGUACUGAUAAAGCACCUGUUAAAUUAGAGGACUUUAAACCGCAACCUCUAUCUAUAAUGAACAAAAAUAUGGAAGAUUUAAUUACAAAAUGGACAAACCAACUGUCUUUAUCAUCAAAAACUUUUGAAUCAUACAGUGAAAAAAUAAAUGAGUGGGAUAGAACUCUUGUCAAAUCAUCCGAUGCUGUUUCUAAGUUAUACAACGACACCAUUCAAUGUGAACAAAAGCAAGAGAAAAUAGAUCAAACUCUUGCUUACAUCGAAAAGCAGCAAGAUGAAUUAGAUCGCCUACUUACCUCUUAUGAGAAACAAUCAGACAAGUUAUUAGCUUCCAUAGAAAAAUCUGCUGCAGUUCCAGGGAAUUCUUUAUCUAACAUUAAUAAUAAGGAGACUAACGAUGAGUCAAGAGAAAAGGCUUACAAAUUAGCAGAAAUGUUGGAAAGUAGGCUAGAUUCAUUAGGUGCUAAUUUUUCCUCUCUCGUUGGUGAAGUUAAUGAAGUUAGUGAUAAUUUCAAUAAAUCCUUACUUAGUUCAGAAGCCCCAGAAGAUGGAGAACAGACUCUUAACGAUAUUCUUAAGUUACUCAACAACCAUAUGGAGUCUUUGAACUGGAUUUCUGAAAACGAAAAGAAUCUGAAAGCAAAACUCGAAAAGUUAUCAGUGUCUAAGUAG